UCAUCAUCACAGCACUGGCUUUUCUGCACCGAGUGAGGAGGGAUCGGUGUGAAAGGGGGAGGCGCCCCAAACGAAGCGACUGCUGCCGCCGCCGCUUCUGCCGCCGCCGCCGCCGCUGCCCAAAUUUAACAAUUAACCUUGAUGAGCACCGAUUGGUUUCACUUACGCUAACAGGCGCAGGUGCGUGUGGAGCGCAGAGGAGCGGAGCCGAGUCCACGUUUCUGACCGGACACUGACGCAUUUUAUGUCAAACACAGAAACUACUCGGAUAGAGGAGGACAUCGCAGCUCAUUUCUCUCUCUAUAUAUAUAAAUAAAUAAAUAUAUAUUGCACGGGACAGGAUGCGCUUUGCAAUGGGAUCCCGUCCGACACUCAUCCUCUUGCAGAAUCCGAAUCUAGGAGCAUUGCUGAAUUGAUUUGGACACCUAUAUCGGAAUUUGACCGCCGUGUCAUUGCCAGUCCCAGCAGCUGAAAAAAGCAUCUUCUCAGCUGCAGGAGACAAGAAGAAGGAAAAAAGAAGAAGGAGACGGAGAAGAAGGGAGGAGGAAAUAAAAAAACUGCUCCACUACUACCCCCAUCUGCGCCCUUUGGACGGGCUUGAAAUGAGGACCACAUCCCGGUUGUGUUCCGUGUGAAGAAGAGAGGCAAAGCGGGGGUGGCUGUUAGUUUUUUUUUUUCAGGUUCUCAAGGACGCAAAAAAAAGUGGCCGCCGGGCCGAGCUGCGAGGCAUGGAGCGGGACGACACCGACACCGUGAGCGUGUCCAAAAAGACAAUAAUCGCGAAGAUAUUUAAAGUUCGCAAGAGGAGGGAGAUGCUUUUCGUUCAGGUGUGCUUUAUCUGCAGUGUCCUCUUCGUGGCGUGGAGUAUGUCGGUGAUUUUAACCAAGACAGGCCACGGGAUGCUGGUGGAGGGACAUCCGGACGUCGAACACUGGGGAAGGCGGCUAAUGGCUUCAGUACCAGACAACGAAACGGAGCAGAAGAACUGCUCAUCUCCAGCAAUACACGAGUUCCCCAGUGACCUUUUCUCCAGCCAGGAACGAAAGAGUGGGGCCAUUGUGCUGCACAUUGUGGCGGCACUCUACAUGUUCCUGGCCCUCGCCAUAACAUGCGAUGAAUACUUUGUGACGUCGCUGGAGAAGAUCUGCGAGAAAUUAGAUCUGAGUGAAGACGUCGCAGGAGCCACCUUCAUGGCAGCUGGCAGUUCUGCACCAGAGCUCUUUGCAUCUGUCAUUGGUGUCUUCAUCACUCACGGUGAUGUGGGGGUGGGAACCAUCGUCGGCUCAGCGGUCUUCAACAUCCUGUGUAUCAUCGGUGUGUGCGGGAUCUUCGCUGGACAGGUGGUGAUAUUGACCUGGUGGGCAGUUUUCAGGGAUUCCUUCUACUACAUCCUGUCAGUCCUGGCUUUGAUUGCAUUCAUCUAUGAUGGGAAGAUAGUCUGGUGGGAGAGUUUGGUGCUGGUGGUCAUGUAUGCUGGAUAUAUCCUUGUUAUGAAAUUCAACUCCAGCAUGCAGAGAUUUUUCAUGGGGAAGUCGAAGAAGAACGUGGCCAACGGUAACGCUGCGGCCAGCAGUGAGAUGGAGGACGUCAAGCCCAGCAAGGCUUACAGCCGUGGAUCGGUGGUGAUGGUGGACGAGAUCAUGAACGCCAGCCCUUCAAAGUUCAGGUUUCCAGAAGCUGGCCUCCGUGUCAUGGUCACCAGCCAUUUUGGACCCAAGACCCGCCUGCGCAUGGCCAGUCGCCUCAUCAUUACAGAGCGCCAGAAGUUGGUUCAAGCUGCCAAUGGAGUGGAGACACAAGUGAUCGACGGGAAGGUUGAAAUCGAGAAUGGGAACGUGCCAGAGGACAAACCCACCGAGGUGGAGGAGAACGAGACCAUCUCACCGUUUCAUAUUCCAAACGGUAUCGGCAGCAAGCUGAAGUGGCUGAUCUCGUGGCCUCUGCUCCUGUUGCUCUUCUUCACCGUCCCGAACUGUGGCAAGCCUCGAUGGGAGAAAUUCUUCAUGCUCUCCUUCAUCCUGUCCACUAUCUGGAUUGCCGUCUUCUCCUACUUCAUGGUCUGGAUGGUCACUAUAAUUGGCUACACUCUGGGAAUCCCAGAUGUCAUCAUGGGCAUCACUUUCCUGGCAGCAGGCACCAGUGUCCCAGACUGCAUAGCCAGUCUCAUUGUUGCUCGGCAAGGUUUGGGAGACAUGGCGGUGUCCAACACUAUCGGCAGCAACGUGUUUGAUAUUCUGGUGGGACUCGGCGUCCCCUGGGCGAUACAGACCAUGUGCGUCAGCUACGGAUCAGAGGUGAUGAUUAACAGUCGGGGUCUGGUGUACUCUGUGGUGCUUCUGCUGGGCUCUGUGGCCCUCACGGUGCUCGGGAUCCACCUGAACAAAUGGAGGCUGGACGUGAAGCUGGGCUUGUACGUCCUCGUCCUGUACGCCAUCUUCCUCUGCUUCUCCGUCAUGAUCGAGUACAACGUCUUCACCUUCGUCAACCUGCCCAUGUGCAUGGAGGAGUAGAGCGCACAGCAGCAUGCCUCAGAUACCAAAACCUCAACGCUCCUGUAGAAACCCCAGAAUCUUUUUCUUUUCUUCUUUUUUUUUCUUUUCUUUCGUUGAUACUGGACCUAUCUGCAGACUCUUUUUCUCCUCCCAUGUUUAGUCCGAAGUAUGAAUCUCUUUUCCUCAAGAGGCAGUACACGCUGUAAGAGUGGACUCCAUUCUAUGUCUCCGGUUUGUCCUCUCGACACCCAGUGCCAGUCCUUGAAUGCCCAUUAUUUUGGGGCAUUGCCUGUUAUUGCAGUAAAGUCUUUAUUUCCUCUGUGCGCCUGUUAACUUUCUACUCCAUCUAGCAUGCCUUUUAGAUGUCGGGGACCUCCAGAAUCAUAAGUGCCCCUGUUGAUUGGUGGUGUGUGUGUGUUUUCACUGUUUUCACAUUGUAGAUUUUCACACGACAUGUCCAAAGCUUUUCCACGAACCAAACCAGUCUGUGAAGAGAAACAAAACAAAAAAACAAUCCUCCAACCAAACCCCCCGCCCCCAUCGUAGAGAUAACUCCUUAAAGUUAUUCCUUUUAAAGAAUUCCAGUGUUAUCCCAGCACCCAAAGAAAAAAGAAUACACUCCUUUACCCACGUCUCGACUCCCCCCUGGAGGAGGGCUUUGUCCUUGGCAGCUCCCCUCCUCCAGCUUGGACCCAACACCCCCCCUGGCAUGGCCUUUUUUUGGCAUCAGGGAGCAGAUACUGUUAGCGCUUCACUUCACCCAACCCUCACCUGCUUGAUCAAAUCUGCUUUGUUUUUCUUUAGAAAAAAAAAAGAGAGGAAAAAAAAAAAGACAUUUUGUCAGGACACUUUGUGUCGACGUGUCACAGUCCAGAUCAGUCGACUGUGAGGGUGUUAUGCAUAUGCAGCACGGCACAAUGUAAAACUUGUAAACACUUUUUUUUUUCUCUUCUUGUUAUUUUGUAUUUAUUUUUUUUCAAAACAAGGUUUUGUCUAGUAUGAAACACGGAGGAGAGCUUGUUGCAAAUAUAGGACAUUGCCUGUUUUUUCACCGAAAACGAAAAUUGCACAUGGAAAAAAAAAAAGCUUUUUCUUGCUUUUUGUGCUGUAAGGAGAUUUGACCACUCAGAGGGGGUAUCUGGCUGCUGCUGGUGGAGGGUGGAGGUGGUGGUGGUGUCCACUUCCCAGCGUUCUUUACAUUCAGUGAUGGGUCAGUCCACUUUUUUUCCCCCUCUGCACAACUUUCGAAAACAAAAAACUGGCUCCAGAUCUGUGGGACGCAUCCUGGUUUCUGUCAUCGUCGGGUGACUUGUUCUCAUUUUUUUGAGACUGCAGCAGAAUGGAGGUAGUUUUAAAAAAAAGAACAAAAAAACAAACAAAAAAAUGCAAAGAAACCAGACAGUUCUCAACACUGACUGUCUGCUAUAACAACUUCUGGCCAGUAGGGGGUACUGCAUCCCCUCUACCAAGGACAGGGGUGUCAACCACAGCCGCCGGUUAUCAGGGAAACUCAGAAGGACAAACUCCAUGAGGUGUCAGUGGUGAUGGUCUCUUGAUUUUGAGUUACAUGUAGAUAUUGCACUUUAACAGCCGUCCUCUCAUUCUGAAUCAACUAGUGCUUCCUUCUGUGUGUGUGUGUGUGUGUGUGUGUGUGUGUGUGUGUGUGUGUGUGUGUGUGUGUGUGUGUGUGUGUGUUUGAGGAACUGAGCCCAAAAGGAUGGACAUUUCAGGAACAGUGGCUUUGAGGGAAGUCUGAUUCUUUUUUUUUUUCUGUCCCCCUCGUUCUUGGCACACCACACUCCUUUCUCCUCUCUCGUCCCCUCUUGCACAAGGGCAUUAACUCUCCACCAACCCUAGCUGAUGGAGCAGCAGGGAAUGCAUGGAUGGAUGGAUGGAUGGCUUUCCUCCACUGCCCUCGGGACGUUUGAUACUUUUGCAAAGGACCUGGAUGAGAGCAGACUUUAAGGAUUUAAAAAAAAAAAAGGAAGGUGGACCCCCUUUUUUAAGCUGCUCCUCUAUCGGGGUUCAAACUUGCUGUGUUUACUGGACGGAGGUGACCACACAGGGCCUAAAGACUCACUGAUCUCCUCGUACACCUCCUCUUCCUCCCCUCUCAACCUUGUCAGUGGGUCUUCUGUACAAACAGGACCUAUGAUUUUGUGACUUUUUGUGUGUGGACUGCACUCGAGUUGAUUCAGAAUGUGCAGCGUUGAAGUUUAUUUCGUGUAUGUUUCUGUCGUUCGCUCUGUGUGGUCAUGUCCCAGUCGCCAGGUUUGAGUGGUAUCACCACAGCAGGGGGGGGGGAGGAAAUAGAAACAAACACUGCUCCUCUUUUUUUUGUCCUCAUCUUGACACACAGCGUACGUUCUGACUCACGUCUUUGUUACCAAGUCACUUUUUUUGGAAGAGGAAGGAGAGAGAGAAGAAAAAAAAAACAGUAGAAUUCAGAUGCCAUACGUGUCCGUAGCUCUGCAUAAAUCCAGAUUGUAUGUAUGGAAAUCCUGUGUACAAACUAAGCGCACACACUUUAGAAAACACACGUUUAGAAAGGCAGAUCGAACACAAGACUGGUAUGUAUUUCUCGACUGAAUGCGACCUGAUGCACUGUGAGCUCAAUGUGAUGUGGGAGUUGUUUGUCAAGAAUAAUAAAUGAUUAAAAAAUA